AUGAGAAGAAAACAUAUUUUUCCUCUCCACCCUUGCAUAAUAGAUUUUGGCGUCUUCUUCAACAAUUUAUCUGGCAACAUUCCUCCAGAGUUCGGGCUCCAUUCAAGCCUCAGAAGAUUUGAACUUGCAUCAAACAGUUUAACUGGUGGUCUUCCUCAGAACUUGUGUUACCAUGGCAGUUUAUUUUGGUUAACAGCUUAUCACAACAAACUCAGUCGGGAAUUACCAGAAUCAUUAGGCAAUUGUAGCAGCUUGUUCGAGUUGAAGGUAUAUAACAAUGAGCUCUCUGGUGAAAUUCCUAGCAGCCUUUGGGAAUCUCAGCAUUUGUCAACUUUAAUGAUCAAUGACAAUAAGUUCACAGUCUAUAGUAUUAUUCUUGAUUGGCCAAGGAGAUUGCAAAUAGCCAUUGGGAUUGCACAAGGUUUGAGCUACAUGCAUCAUGAUAACUCACCGCCCAUUAUUCAUCGUGAUGUCAAAGUAAGCAACAUUCUCUUGGAUUCUCAGUUCAAUGCAAAAGUUGCAGAUUUUGGUCUUGCCAAGAUGUUGAUCAAACCAGGACAACUUGAUACCAUGUCAUGUGUGGUUGGCUCUUUGGUUACAUUGCUCCAGAGAGUGAAUGAAAAGGUUGAUGUACAUGGCUUUGGGGUUAUCCUUCUGGAACUGACAACAGGAAAAGAAGCUAACUAUGGAGAUGAGCACUCGUCUCUUGCAGAAUGGGCAUUGCAUCAGAUUCAACUAGGAAACAACAUAGAACAAGUUCUAGACAAAGAUGUUAAGGAAACUUCAUACUUAGAGGAAAUGUGCAGUGUCUUCAAGCUGGGGGUGAUGUGUACAGCCAAAGAGCCAGCUGGUAGGCCUUCUAUGAAGGAGGUUCUGAAUAUAUUGCUCAGCUUGAAAGAACCAUGUGGUUAUGUAGAAAUGAAUUUUGGUCAUUUUGAUGCUGUUCCUCUCCUAAAGAAUUCCAAAAGGGAGAGUAGGUUAGAUAAUGAUAAUGAUAGUUAA